CUUUUUUUCAUUUCUUUUUUUCAUAUAUAUCAUGUUGUUUGCACGAAGUGUACAACGAUUGGUAUUGGCCAACUCUAUCAAACCACGUGUUUGCACUAGUGUACGAUGGGCUUCUCUUUCCACUACUUCACCUAUUCAACCUUUGGUAUUCCCCUUGCAUUCACAAGUCAAGACAACGGUUCGUGAUAAAGUAGCUGAACACCUGGCCACAUGUCGUCCUUUCUCUGCACCUCCUGCACCUGCAUUACAACAACCUAUUCGAUCACCUUUGGUGGAGGAAGGCAUGCAACUUACCAGUACACUUCGAAAACGCCGUUUAAAGAUGAACAAACAUAAACACAAGAAACUACGAAAGCGAACUCGGGCACUUAGAAAACGAUUGGGCAAAUAGAUAAAUUAGUUAGAUGGAUAGAUAGAUACAUAUUUUAUUAUUACCUUUUUUUUUUAUAUAUUAUUCUUCACGCUUGUUCUUACCUACUCUUUUUUUUUUAUUGUGAAUAUAUCAUUUGUUUUCCUGUAGUUGUAGACACAGUAUCAUCUCUUCUGUUUUUUUUUUUAUUUUUAAUUUUAUCUUUUAUCUCUUUCUCUUCUCAUCCUUCUAAUGUAUAUCAAAAAUA